UUAUAUUAGGCUAAGAAAAUGUUUGAGGAGGGUGCAGUGUUAAUUCUACUUGAUGUUCCUACUAGGACAGAGUUUGGUAUUGAUCUUAACUCAUGGAAUACAGGUGAUAAGUUUAUGGGUGUGAAAAUGAUUCCUCCUGGCCUACAUUUCAUAUACUACAGUGCUGCAAAUUCUUCUUCUGGAGAUUUAUCUCCUCGAACUGGAUUCUUUCAUUGGUUUUCCAAGGGUGAACUCUUGGCCUUCAGAUGGGAUUCUAAACAGGAGAUUUUAAAAGACGAAGUCAGUUCUGCUGACUGUGAAAGAAUGAGAGGGGAUUUAAAGAACCUGGACAGAAAUUUGGGAGCUUACCCUUUCCAGUCCUGGAGCAAGUGGAUCAUGCUGACAUCAAGAAUCAGCAAGACAGAUAUGGAAAGAAUGGUUCCAGAACGUAAAAACAUUUCCUCCGCUUCAGAGAUGUUACCAGAUUCAGACAUCAAGAGCACAGGUGAUCUGCCAACCUUGAUUCCCAGACCUGGAACACAGAUCAACUUCACACAGAUAUCUAGACAGAAAUAUCCAGAUGGGUCAUCAGCUCAAGAAAUCAGUAAACAUAGUUUAGACUCAACAUAUCAAUUGGAAAUCUUCAUGAAGAAUGUUCAAAGGAUGGAUGAAAUACUUUCAGAACUACAAUUCUCAUUUCUUUGCUUCCUGGUUGGACAAAAUUAUGAUAGCUUUGAACACUGGAAACUUUUAGUUGAUAUGGUUUGUGGUUGUUCAGAUGGGUUAUUAAAGUUCCCGACUCUUUUCAUUCAGUUCAUUUCUGAUAUCUACUUCCAGCUCUAAGUUUGGUUGGUGUUUUGCCGACGAUGCUGAUGAAGACAAUCUACCCGUUGUUCUGGAAACAUUA